AUGGCCGAACUCCUCACCCAAUCCCGCGAGGCGUCGGCGCGCAUACGAGUCGAAAACAUCAUCCACACGGACAUUACGGUGGAGCUGAUGGAGAUUCUAGAACUAUAUGCAGAGCUGUUACUUGCGAGAGCGGGUUUGCUCGACGUUCGGGACAAGAACAUCAAAGACGGCACUGCGCAAGUAGGCGAUGACACCGGCCUGGAAGAAGCGGCGGCGAGCAUCAUAUACUCUGCCCCAAGACUGCCACGGGACGUCCGAGAAUUGGGCAUCGUGCGGAACAUGCUGAUCGACCGGUUUGGCAAGGACUUUGCGAUUCGUGCAAACGAGAACCAAGAUAACUGCGUACCAGCCCGGGUAGUGGACAAGUUGAAGGUUGACCCUCCAAGCGCGAAGCUUGUGCAGGCAUAUCUUGAAGAGAUUGCACGGACAUAUAGUGUAGACUGGCCGCCGCACAAAGAGAGCGAACAAGUCGAGGCGUUGGGCGAGGAAGUGGACGGCGAGGACGAUGAUCUCGGAGGUGGGGCCAAGGAGGCGCCUAUGCUUGCGGAUGGAGCAGCACCAGCCACACCCUCGAGGCCGAACAAGAUUGAUAUCGGAAAUCUGCAGAAUGCAACGCCUCCAACGAGUCUUGAGCCCGGGGGAGCAAAGAGUCCUGUCUCAGUGGCACCUCCCGGUGCGAGGUCAGACAAUUUAAGCCCCAAGGUCAAGUUGCCUGGUGGAGGAGAGGUGGGCAAGAGUAAUGGUAAUGCGAAACCUGCAGCAUCUACUGGGACGGUCAAGAGCAAGAGUCCCGCCUCAAGUGGAGGUGGGAAUGCAGGAGCAGUUCCUGGCAAGGUGCCUACCGUAGACGACUUGACAAAAAGGUUCUCGGCGCUGAAGAGAUAG